AUGAAGCUGAGCCAUUAUUUGUCGUCUGAUGAAGGAAUAACAGAUCCAACGGCAGGAACAGGGGAUCUCAGGUUUUCAGAGAAUAAAAUUCCAGAGUGUUCAUUUUUCCUCACUUUAGUUUCAAUGUUCUGUUCUUUUGGUUCUACAACUGCUAGUGGGAAAGUUUACAAGGGCCAAUCCAUAAUAUUCAAGGCAAAAAGGACGUUGCUCUACUUGGUUCUUACACUCACUUGCAUGUAUCCGGAUUUUAACUUCAGGAUAUUACUUUGGAAGUUUUGGGUUUUUAGUAUAGAGAAUGUUUGCCAAUACCUCAAAGAGAAAUCUCAAAAUGAAUUUCAGCAUACGUUCGAGAAUGCGAUGUCUGAAGCUGCAGAGAUUCUUGAUCAUGUUUACAAAUCAUUGGACACUAACGUCUUACCAGCAGAAGAGCUUUUGAGAAAAUCCAGGAAACAGAGGCAUUGCUUUACUUGGUUCUUACACUCACUUGCAUGUAGCCGGAUUUUAACUUCAGUCAUAGAUACCACCACUCCGGAUUGGACUAGUCUUCCUGGAAAACUCCUUACGUCAAUAGCAAAACACCUCCACACACGAAUCGACAUUCUUCGUUUUCGCGUUGUUUGUAGCUCCUUCCGAUGCAUACUGCCCGGUCCCCCAAAACUCCUAUUUCCAGAAUCAAUUUUAAAGACAACUGACUUUCGCAAAGGUCCCAAACCUGACAAGGAAGGCCCCUUUGUCCUCAUAGAAUCUACUGUUUAUGCCAUCCAGCCUGUUGACGAUGAAACAUCUGCACAAUGGUUUGUCGAAGUUGAAGAGACAACUUCAGGAAAAUUCCGAAUAAAUGAUCCCGUCUCUGAAUCUUAUCUUAAGAACUUGCCACAUAAAUCUUUGAACUUGUUGGAUUAUCGGGUUAAGGAAAUAAGUAAAUCCUACGUUCUUGAACCAGCUUUUAACUAUGAAAGCAAUAAGACAAAAGUUGUGAAAGUAAUGCCUUCUUCUUUCUUCGAUCAAAAUGAUGACGAGUUUGCUGUCAUGGCAAAAUUCAACGGCGACCUACUGAGUGUAUGGAGAAAUAUAGACAAGAAGUGGACUAAGGUAGACAUUACAGUGGCUUUUGGGCUUCCUGACUAUCUUGUGGAUAUUGUUUAUCGCAAUCACAAGUUCUAUACUAUUACCUACUAUGAUUCUAUUAUAAUUACAGAUUCUAAAUUUUUGAAAGUUGUGGAGGUUGAAAUACCAGUACAUCCGCCAGGUGCGUUUGAUAUAUAUUUGUUAGAGUCUUCAAAUGAUUUACUAAUGAUUGUCCGGUACUACGGUAUAGAUGACAAGUUUUUGGUGUUAAAGCUUGAUGAAGAGAUUUAUCAAUGGAUAAAAGUGACGGAUGGAUUGGAGGAUUGGGUUUGGGUGUCCUCUGUGGGCCUAAGAAGUUCGUAUUCUAUUGUGGCCGAAGAGUUGAGUGGGUGUAGAGGGAAUUUUUUUUAUUUCAAAGGAAAAUAUAAAAAUGAUUUAUUUUGUGGUGAAUUAGAUGAUGUUCAGGUUGUUAACCUUAAGGAUUAUUCUGUUGAGAAGACUGACAAUUUUCCUAACCCUUUCUGGCCUCCACCAACUUGGGUUCUUGCAGAUUAG